AUGUCGUCGGCGCAGGUGUCGUCGUCGCGGCGCCAGUCGUGCUACCUGUGCGACCUGCCGCGCAUGCCGUGGGCCAUGAUCUGGGACUUCAGCGAGCCCGUGUGCCGCGGCUGCGUCAACUACGAGGGCGCCGACCGCAUCGAGUUCGUCAUCGAGACGGCCCGCCAGCUCAAGCGGGCCCACGGCUGCUUCCCCGACGGCCGCUCGCCCGGACCGCCGCCGCCCGUCGGCGUCAAAGCCGUGGCGCUCUCGGCCAAGGAGGCGGCGGCGGCGGCGGCGGCCCAGCAGCAGCAGCAGCAGCAGCAGCAGCAGCAGCUCAACCAUGUGGACGCCGCCUCGUCGAAGGCGCCGUCGGGCCUGGAGCGCUACGGCCUGAGCGAGCCCCGCGGCCGCUUCGAGUACCCCCCGCCCCCGCCCCCGCCGGGCAGCCACGCCGGACGCCUGCCCAACGGCCUGGGCGGCCCCAACGGCUUCCCCAAGGUCCCCGACGACGGGCCGCCCGAGCUGAACCGCCAGAGCCCCAACUCCUCGUCGUCGUCCUCCUCCCGUCGGGGGGCCCACGGCGGCCUGGUGAGCGGCCUCCCCCCGGGCGGCGGGCCGGGACUCAACGUGCCGCCCAACCUGCUGCCCCAAACGCUGCUGAACGGGCCGGGCGGCGGGGCGCUGGCUCCCCCGCGGGGGCCGCCGGCCUCCUCGUCGUCGUCCUCUUCCUCGUCGUCGUCGUCCUCCUCCUCGACGGCGUCGUCGGGCGAGGCGUGCGGCAAGCGGCCGGGCUCGGUGUCGAGCAGCAGCGGCGGCGGCGGCGGCGAGGCGGAGCGGGAGCUGAAGGAGAAGCAGCGCAACGGCGAGGCGCUGGCCGAGCUGGCCGAGAGCCUGCGCAACCGGGCCGAGGAGUGGGCCAGCAAGCCCAAGCUGGUGCGCGACACGCUGCUGGCGCUGGCCGGCUGCACGCCCUACGAGGUGCGCUUCAAGAAGGACCACGCGCUGCUGGGCCGCGUGUUCGCCUUCGACGCCGUGGCCAAGCCCGGGCUGGACUACGAGCUGAAGCUGUUCGUCGAGUACCCCAGCGGCUCGGGCACCGUCUUCUCCAGCGCCUCGGGCGUGGCCAAGCAGAUGUACCAGGACUGCAUGAAGGACUUCGGCCGCGGCCUCUCGUCGGGCUUCAAGUACCUCGAGUACGAGAAGAAGCACGGCUCCGGGGACUGGCGCCUGCUGGGCGACCUGCUGCCCGAGUCGGUGCGCUUCUUCAAGGAGCUGGUGGGCGCCGACAUGCUGCCCCAGCCCUACCUCGACGCCUCCUGCCCGCUCCUGCCCACCGCCCUGGUCAGCCUGCCGCGGGCCUCCUCCGCCGGCGGGGGGGCGAGCGGGCCGGGGGGCGGCCGGGGGGCGGGGGGCGGCGGCGGCCUGCGCAAGAGGAAGGCCUCCCCGGAGCCGUCGGACUCGGCGUCGGAGGGCGGCCUGAAGCUGAGCGACGAGCAGCAGCGGCAGCAGUGGCUGGCCAGCCAGAGCGAGGCCCUCAAGCUCACCAUGUCGGCCGGCGGCUUCGCCGGGGUGCCCCCGCCGCCCCUCGGGCCCCACCCCAACCGGACCACCCCGCCCGAGUCGGCCCCCCAGAACGGGCAGUCGCCCAUGGCCGCCCUCAUGUCGGUGGCCGACACCCUGGGCAAUGCCCACUCGCCCAAGGACGGCAGCUCGGUCCACUCCACCACGUCCACGCGGCGGAACAGCAGCAGCCCCGUCUCGCCGGCCUCCGUGCCCGGCCAGCGCCGCCUGGCCUCCCGCAACGGGGAGCUCGGCCUGCAGGUGGCCCCCCCGCCCCCGCCGCCCCCCAGCGCCCACCCCGGCAUGGACCAAGUGCACCCCCAGAACAUUCCGGACUCGCCCAUGGCCAACAGCGGGCCCCUGUGCUGCACCAUCUGCCACGAACGCUUGGAGGACACCCACUUCGUGCAGUGCCCGUCCGUGCCCAGCCACAAGUUCUGCUUCCCUUGUUCCCGGGAGAGCAUCAAGGCCCAGGGGGCCACGGGCGAGGUCUACUGCCCCAGCGGCGAGAAAUGCCCCUUAGUCGGUUCCAACGUGCCUUGGGCAUUCAUGCAGGGCGAGAUCGCGACCAUUUUAGCCGGCGACGUGAAAGUGAAAAAGGAGAGAGACCCUUGAA